CACAAGUGUGGGCGCAUUUCGAAAGUUGGAGGCGGGUCGAUGAUGGCAAGGUGCCGUGAACGCCUAGGAAAUAUAAAUAUUUUGUAACUCAUUUGGUAACUGUAGCUUUUCAGGCGUUACAGAAGAAGGCGCAAAGCAAAGGUACUCUUUUGUUUACCAGCGAACCAAACAUAAAUGUAUAAAUGAUAGAGAUCGCUUUUUUGCAGCGCGUGGAGACGUUUGCCCAGUACCGCGCCAGGACCAGAUCCAUUUAAUGGAUUGUUAUGUAUUUUGCAUUGUUUUACAAUUAGCAUGCAGAUGAGAAAAAUUCCUGAACUCUGAUUGCUUAAGUUUUAAUUACACCUUGUUGCGGAUAACGAAAAAUAAGAUAUGUCCAUCAACGCCACUCCAACUAGAAAUCACACAGCUAUCUUUAAGCGUGUUGAGCUUCCCAAAAUGAAUCAGUUGACUGAUGUAUGUAAAGAAAACAAAGAUAUGUCUGUUACCCAAUAUCAGCAGUCGGAGUCUUUCAAACGUACUGAAUCAACACAGAAAGAAAUGAAUGCGACCUAUGUAAUUUCAGCCACUAAGAAGUCGGGUGUAACAGUUGAAAAAUCCAAGAUAGAAGAGAGAUUGAUGCUGCAGAAAAGGAAAAUGGGGAGCAAAGGUGCCCCAGUUUGCAUGGAUGUGACUUCUGAAAAUGAAAUUAAAGUACCAGAAAAAAAAUUGAGUCUGCAACGGAGAACAAGGAUGGGUUUUACAGACAAAACCAAUGAAGGUAAAGAGGAAGUAACCAAUGACAAACCUAAUGAGAUUUCUAAUUUGGUACAGCCAGCAAAGAGUAAGUUGGCGCCUGCAACAAAUUCAGGUGUGCAGAUCAGUAGUGUUUUGGUACAACGCUCAGGAAGCUUUCAGAGUCCAUCAAUUAAGGGUAUAGUAAAUAGAGCUGCUGUUCGAGUGGAUAGCAAUUCACGUGAGCCCAGAGGUAUGGAAAAUAGUGAAAAAUGCAAAAUUGAAAGUGUUAGUAGAGUUUUCUCAACACCUACAAAAAGAGCUACAGUUGCAACUCCAAAUGCUAAAGAGACAAAUGAAAAAAUAUCCAAACAGAAUUCUGAUAAAGGGACCAAUCUGAAAUCCAGAAGUAUAGAGAGAUCAAGAACACCUGGCCAGGCUAAUAGACAGAGUGCAAUUCUCCAUUCCAAGUCUCGCACUCCUUCUCAAAAUGAUCGAGUCCCAGUUAAAACCCUAGCUAAAAACUUUGGACCCUGUCUUCAAGAAACUACUCAAAGUAAGAGAACUGCUGGAUGGAAUUUAUUGACUCAGGGCAGAGACGUGAUAACAUCUAGUCAAGGCACACCUGGUAAAGGAGUUCUUGUUAAUGAAGAUCUGUCCCAGCAGACCAAAACUGUUGCCCGUGACAAUCUGAAGACAGAAAACAGUGCCGUCACAGUUGCUGUAAGAGUGAGACCUUUUAAUAACCGAGAGAAGAUGGAAAGUGCCAAGCAGGUGAUUUUCGUUGAAGGAGAGGAGAUCAUUGUUCAUCAUCCAGACUCUAAGCAAUCCCAUUCCUUUGUUUAUGAUUUGUCUUUUUAUUCUUUUGAUAAGUCCCAUCCAAAUUUUGCAAGUCAGAGCACUGUGUAUGAAAAGUUGGCUCAACCUCUGUUGAACUGGGCAUUUGAAGGAUAUAACACCUGCAUCUUUGCAUACGGCCAGACUGGUUCUGGAAAGUCUUACACAAUGAUGGGCUUCACUGAUGAAGAAGGAGUGACUCCACGCUUUUGUGAAAACUUGUUCGGCAGAAUGAAAAACUCUAAUACUAAACAAGUUACUGUUAAUCUUGAAAUGAGCUACUUUGAAGUCUAUAAUGAAAAAAUUCAUGAUUUGCUGGUUGUGAAGGAUGAAAGUGGACAAAAGAAGCAACCACUUCGUGUUAGAGAGCAUCCAGUCUUUGGGCCUUAUGUGGCAGAUCUAUCAACGAAUGUUGUCACCUCAUAUGCCGAUAUACAAAGUUGGCUUGAACUUGGUAAUAAACAACGAGCCACAGCAGCUACAGGAAUGAAUGACAAGAGCUCAAGGUCUCAUUCUGUCUUUACUCUUGUCAUGACUCAGACUAAGACUGAAUUUGUUGAAGAGGAAGAGCAUGACCAUUCAAUAACUAGCAGAAUUAACUUAGUGGACCUCGCAGGAAGUGAGCGCUGCUCCACAGCACAGACCUCUGGUGAAAGACUGAAGGAAGGUGUGAGCAUCAAUAAAUCUCUGUUAACCUUGGGAAAGGUCAUCUCUGCAUUGUCAGAACAAUCACAAACUAAAAAGAAUGUUUUUAUUCCCUACAGAGAGUCAGUUUUGACAUGGUUAUUGAAAGAGAGUCUUGGUGGAAAUUCCAAGACAGCUAUGAUAGCCACAAUUAGUCCAGCAGCAAGCAAUGUGGAGGAGACUCUUAGCACUCUUCGUUAUGCCAGACAGGCUCGUAUGAUCAUUAAUAAUGCUAAAGUGAAUGAAGAUACCAAUGCUAAACUAAUUAGAGAAUUAAAGGCUGAAGUUGAAAAACUUAAAGCAGCACAAAUGAAUACUAAGGACAUGGAACCUGAAACUGUUAAACUCUUCAAGCAAGAAAUUGAAACUCUUAAAAUGCAGCUAAAACAGCAAGAGAAAGAAAUGGCAGAAGCUCACAGAACUUGGAGAGAAAAGUUAGACGAGGCAGAAAAAAGAAAACGUGAAGAGACUAAAGAAUUACAGAAAGCUGGUGUUACAUUCCAAAUGGAUAAUCGAUUACCAAAUCUUGUCAAUCUUAAUGAAGAUCCUCAGCUUUCAGAGAUGUUGUUAUAUAUGAUUAAAGAGGGGCAGACUAAAGUGGGAAAAUAUAAACCAAAUUCAUUUCAUGACAUCCAGUUGUCUGGGGUUCUCAUUGCUGAUGACCAUUGUGUGAUUUCAAAUAUAGGUGGGACAGUAAGAAUUAUACCAGUUAAGGAUGCAAAAACGUAUGUAAAUGGUACCCUCAUCAAUGAAUCAACUGUUCUGCAUCAUGGUGAUAGAGUGAUCCUUGGUGGUGAUCAUUAUUUUCGCUUUAAUCAUCCUGUUGAAGUGCAAAGUGGGAAACGAGUUUCAUGCAAAAUGAACUUGCAAGAAGGACAAAAAGAUUUUGAAUUUGCAAGGAAUGAAUUGUUAGCAGCUCAGCGAGCAGUGCUUGAAGCAGAGAUAGAAGCAGCCCGACUAAAAGCCAAAGAAGAGAUGAUACAUGGCAUACAAGUGGCUAAGGAGAUGGCUCAGAAAGAACUUUCUGAUCAGAAAACAUUGUUUGAAAACCGGAUAAAAGCUUUGGAAAAAGAGCUGGAGAAAGAAUCCAAAAAACAAAAAUGCCAAGAGCUUGAUAACAAAAGGGUUAUCAGUAAAAUUGAAGAACUUGAAAAAGAGAAGACACACCUCGAACUGGAGGUGAAUUUAAAUAAAAAACGUCUUCAAAUGGAAGCAAUGGCGACACAACAGGCACUCACUGAUCAUAAUAUAAGACAUGCAAAAAUUAUUGAAGCUUUAGAAACAGAAAAAAAAAAGAUUGCUGAAGACUUAAAAAGAACACAAGAAAAACUAAACCAGAAAAAAAUAAACGGUUCAGCUCAAAAUGAUCAGAACCAGUGGACUUCCAUGAAACUGUCUGUAAUGAUACAGGAAGCCAAUGCCAUUAGCCGAAAGUUGGGCAAACACACCAUAUUCAGCAGGCAUGAAAUCUCAGAGAAAGGCUGUGAAAAUGGUAAAGAACUGCUGCAAGUGCAGGUUCAGAACACCAAACUGGGAAUCACUACAUUCUGGAGUCUGGAGAAAUUUGAGAGCAGCUUGGCAGUAAUGAGGGAGCUUGAUCAGGGUGAGGUUGGUAGAAAAGGUGAUGACAUUUUCUAUGACCCAGCUGAUGAGUGGGAACCAGAUAUAUCAAUGACUUCAGCAGCAUCCUCCUCCUCGUCUCUUUCUAGAAGAAGGAGCAGAAGCCUUUUAAAAAGCAGGAGAAUAUCUGGGCACCUUUACGAAAUCAGAGUCCAUCCUAUACAGAGUUUGUAUAAUUCACAAUACUCAGGUCUGAUGAGCAAACCUUCUGCACGAUCUAGUGUUCCUGAAUCAGCACUGCCAAAAAUUUGCAAAGAUCUGAUUGGUUCCACCAUUGCAAAGCUGAAGAAGUGUGAUCAGACACAAGAAAGCAUUGCCGAUAGAGCAAUAAUUGAUGUUCUAACUAUUAAUUCGGGUGUAAACAACAUCUCCAAAUGCUAUGAGCAAUUGGAUGAAGAAACUCAAGAAAACUUGUUUGCUGCUAGCCGGGAGGCUCAGUUCCACCUGAUCCAGAUAACUUUAUCACUUGAAAGACUGGCUUUAUCUAUAAUGCAGUGGUUUUCCAAUAUCAAGUCUUGCUUGUGCUUCACAUCCAGUGUUGCAGAGGAGUUACAUGAGGAGUUAAGAAAAGUAGGGGGAUACUUGCAGUUACUCAUUCAAGGAUGUGAUUCAGAUAUUUCUUCAAUGGUUAAAGAAGCUCACAGUAAAAUAAAUGGGUCCUUAAACACAACCUUAAAACUAAUAGGACACCUUUCAGCCAUUACUGGGACAGAGCUGCAUGUCGAAGAAUGGGAAUGUGAGGCUGAAACUACAUUUAAGAGCACAGUUGCUGUUGCCCUUUGUGAAGGAGUAAAAAAAGGUGUGGCGUGUCUUUAUAAGGAUUUGGCGUCUAACAGUAAGAAGAUAGAAAAUGAUGUUCAACAAAUGCAUCCUGGUACUGAGAUUUUCCAGGCAAUAAAGAAGAAUUCUUUGAUUUUGAUUGCUUCUGUAAGUAGUUAUAUUAACCAUUUGCAACAGAAUAAUAUUGGAACCUCGGAACAGGAAAAAUCAGACAAUUUGGAGACCUGCAAUCUAAAGACGCUAGCAUUUAUUGCUAUUAAAUUAUUUAGAUUUUAUGAGGCUUUCUUUCAAAUCUGCAAAAUCAUACUUGCUGCUUUAAAAGGUAUGGAGCACACACUCCAGCUCCAGAGAAACACAGAGGCAUUGUGUCUAUCAGCAAAAAAUAUUGAUGACUGCAUCAGGACAACUUAUGGCUUAUUGGCACACUCACUACCAACUUCCACAAUGAGAGACAUGAGCUCUGCCAGAAGAAAUUUAGACUCUGCUGUUAAAUCAUUAACUGUCAUUUAUGAUCAGCUUUAUACAGACAAAGAUUUAUCCAGCACAGGACUUGUACAAACUUUUAAGAAGCAGUUUGCAGCUAGUGACAGCAGCUUGCUUCACACAAGCGUUUUGAGGAGCACAGAACAUCCUGAAGCACAAAUUGAUCAUCCAGCAUCAACCUCACCUCUGGGAAUUCAGUGGGUGUAACAGAAUGACAGACGGUUAACUAUUAAGAUAUUUAUUGACAAUGGAUACCAAAUCUGUUUUAGUCUGAUUCCUGAAUGCAAUGUUUUUUAAAUCAGGACCGUAAACUGUUUUCUCCAUUUAUUGGAAUACAUUUUUAGGAAGUAGAAAAGACAGUUAAGUAUAAAGAUCACACAAUGUCAUUAUAUUUAUCACUUUAAACUACUCUGAUAAAUAACUAAAUAAUUUAUUUAGUAUAAAUAUUACAGGCAUCUUGAAUUUUUGUAUGUAUUACUUCUGGAGUCUGGUAAAAUGACCUGCAAGCACAUGUACAGUGAAUGAGAGAAUCAAUUAUAUUUAUGAAAAGGGUCAAACUUCUGAAUUUUUCACUCAGGAUUAAUCAGUUAAAUUAAUUUCCACGGAAAGCUGCAACUUUCAGCUUGGCCUAAUAGGUGCUUUUGGUGGGAAAUAAAGGCAGAGCGUUUCACUA